CAUGGCAGAAACCUCAUGACUGUGUCCCGCCUCCCUGUGCUGGUGGAGGGCAUCUGGAGCAGCAUUUAAAUUCCGGCAGGCCUGGGCUGUCAGCAGCAGCAAGAGGAAGCAGGAGGAAAGCAUCCUCUGGCACCAAAUCCUGGGUAGCUGCAGCCUUCUCAGCCAGACAUCAGCAAAGGAAGUCACCGCCAUGAGGAUUGCCGUGAUUUGCUUUUGCCUUAUAGGCAUCACCUACUCCCUCCCAGUUAAUCAGGCUGAUUCUGGCAGCUCUGAGGAAAAGCCGCUCUACAACAAACUCCCUGAAGCUGUGUCCUCAUGGUUAAAGCCUGACCCAUCCCAGAAGCAGAAUCUUCUAGCACCACAGAACUCUGUUUCCUCUGAAGAAACUGAUGACUUGAAACAAGAGACCCUCCCAAGCAACUCCAAUGAAAGCCACGACCACAUGGAUGAUGUAGAUGAUGAAGAUGAUGGAGACCAGGACUCCGUUGACGUGGAUGAUGACGAUCAUCCUGAUGAUUCUCACCAUUCCGAUGAAUCUGACCAUUCUGAUGAAUCUGAUGAAGUGGUCACUGAUGCUCCCACUAAUGGUCCCGAAACCCCAGUUUUCACUCCCAUUGUUCCCACUGUAGAAACAUAUGAUGGCCGAGGCGACAGUCUAGCUUAUGGACUGAGGUCAAGGUCCAAGAAGUUCCACAUUUCUGACCCCCAGUACCCUGCUGCUACAGACAAGGACCUCACCUCGAAUGUGGAAAGCCAGGAGUCCAGUGAUGCACAAAAGGCCGUCCUCGUUGCUCACCGCCUGAACAUGCCCUCUGACUGGGACAGCCGUGGCAAGGACAGUCAUGAGUCCAGUCAGCUGGAUGACCCAAGUGUGGAGACCCACAGCCAAGAGCAGUCCAGAGAGCACAAGCGGAAGGCCCGCAACGACAGCAGUGAGCACUCUGAUGUGAUCGACAGUCAGGAAGGUGCCAGAGCCAGCCAGGAACUCCACAGCCAGGAGUUCCCCAGCCAUGAAGACCCCAAGAGUAAGGAGGAAGAUGAACACCUGAAAAUUCGUGUUUCUCAUGAAUUAGAUAGUGUGUCUUCUGAGGCCAAUUAAAAAGAGAAAAGAAAAUAUAGUUUCUUACUUUGCUUUUAGUAAAAGGAAAAAAAGGCAUUAUAGAGAAUCAAGAAAGAAUAUGAAAUGCUUAUUUAGCAGGUGAAUGUGUAUGUAUGUGGCUUUGGAAAUUAAUGUUUUCAAUCAUUAAUUUGUUGCUUUGUGGUAACAGCCUUGUAGCCUAAAAGCUUUAGCAUUUUGUCUGUGUUUUUUCCAUAGCAGAAAAGUAAGCCAUCACUGAAUUUUAAUGUUUCUUAUUCUUUUAUGAAUAGAAAUGUAUGUAGAGGCAAACAAAAUACUUUUACACACUUAUAAGAGAAACUAUAACAUUUUAUGUCACUAUAAUCUUUUUUUUUAAACUAGUGUAUAUUUUGUUGUGAUUAUUUUGUUGGUGUGAAUAAACCUUAAAUCUGGACGGGAAUGAAGA